AUGGCUAUGACCCGCAGUAGGACAACCAGUGGCUGCCACAGUCCAACCAAGACCACAUCCCUUGGACCUCCCGAGAGCGCGAGGAGCUACGGCGGAAUCACCGGCGGAGGAGGUACCGACGGCAAGCGGACGGGAAAGGCGGAGAAAACAGCGUGGGCUCACGUCCUGUGUAUGAACUGGCACACCUACGAGUAUAUUCUGUAUGGAGGAGCAUUGCCUCCUGAGAGCGGCGAUCUUGGCAGAGUAACCCGUAGCCCAUCCACGACUCUCACUAAUCUCCCGACCUCUGCUCUUUUGCGUCCCCCACAGGUGGCGAUGGUGGAGGUGCAGCUGGACCACGACACAAAGGUUCCGCCCGGAAUGCUAGUGGCGUUUGCGAUCUGCACCACUAUGCUGGUGGCCGUGCAUAUGCUGGAUUUGAUGAUUAGCACCUGCAUCCUGCCGAACAUCGAGGUAGUGUGCAACCUGCACAGCAUCUCCCUGGUGCACGAGUCGCCGCACGAGCGCCUGCACUGGUACAUUGAGACGGCGUGGGCAUUUUCGACGCUGCUGGGGUUGAUCCUAUUCCUGCUGGAGAUAGCCAUACUGUGCUGGGUAAAGUUCUAUGAUCUGAGCCCGCCGGCGGCCUGGUCGGCCUGCGUGGUGCUGAUACCCGUGAUGAUUAUAUUCCUGGCUUUCCCCAUACACUUCUAUCGGUCUCUGGUGACGCACAAGUACGAGGUGACGGUCUCCGGCAUACGGGAGCUGGAGAUCCUCAAGGAGCAGAUGGAACAGGAUCACCUCGAGCACCAUAACAACCAUAAUCGCAAUAACGGCAUCCACUACGGUGCCGCCGGCGACAUCGUUUAGCAGUAUCAAUCGCGCGAGGAUCCCACGAAGCAAUAAACCAUCUCGGCGAUCCUUCUCUGAAAACUUAACGAAAACGAAAAGAAAAGACACUUACGGCAGUGGGCCAGAGGCCUCGCCGUCAAUCCUCAGACUAAAUAAGUGAAUAUUUUGUAAAUUUGUAGUUGAUGCAAAUUGUGAUACGCAGAAGGCAGUAGAUUUUUAUUAUACAAAAACAGUAUGAGUACGUAUAUUCUAAAGGAUUGUGCCCCGAGCAAUGUUUCUUUAAGCUCAAGACCUUUACACAUCGUAACCCCUGUGUACUCAUCGCAUGCAAUGAUGAAAGACCCAAGCUAAAGCAAUACUACUUUCAAGUUUAAACCACUGUGUUGACUAAAUAUUCCUCAAUAUUAGCUUGAAUAUUUGUUGUAACUAGUUGGCGCGUCCGCUUAUAUCUGUAUUGUAUUUUAGUGGUAUGCCAUCGCUCGCGAUGUCAGACCCAGACCUCAUCCAUAGCGCAGUCUUCCCUCGCCCACGUAGUGUGUAAGAACCCAAUAAUUCGAACCGAACCAGAUCGUGUUAGCCCAAAUUUUGAUAUUGAUAGGCGAAUAUGUAAGCGAAAUUGCGCUGUAAUUUAUACACGUACGAUUAAACGAUUUUUUUCUACCUAUAUUUAAA